UUGAAAAUUAAUUUUAGCGUAGAAAAAGGCAACAAUUCAGAUACUGCUGUUAAAUUAAGGCAUCUUGAAGCGUCUUUAGAACAGCUAAAAGAUUCAAUCGAAAGUAUUGUUGAUAUAUCAAGGGACGAAAAUUAUCAAAGUGCUAAAAUAGCUUCGUUAAAAUCUCAGUUACAAUUAAAAGACUCUCUAAUUACUUCAUUUAAAAAAGAUGGAUGUCCAAGUGAUCAAGUGAAGGAAAAAAGAACGAAACUCGUAUGUGUUAGAUGCAAAUGUGUGAUAAUUGAUUCGAAUUCCACGAAAUUUACAAACGAUAAACCUUUUGAUUUACCGAAAUGUGAAAUGAAAAAUUCGGUUGAUAUCGAGAAGGAAAUGAUUAUGCAUUGGUAUAUAGUUGAAUCAUUAUUUGAAUUUGACAAUAUUGGUGUAACGAAUCCUGAUGGUGGUGUUAAAUAUUUGGCAUGUUCUGAAUGUGAGUAUGGACCGAUUGGUUUUUACUGCAACGAUGCUCUUCAUUAUUAUUUGGCCGCAGAAAGAAUCUGUCUUAGCAAUUGCUAA